AAAGAAGAACCGGAAGCCACGCCCACAAAACAUGGCGGCUUAGAGGACUUGUCCACGUUGGUUUGUUGACAUUUAUUUUAAAGCCAUUCAUAUGUUAUACUAGUGGAUUUACACCUACAAAAACUAUGUCGAGACUUAUCGUUAAAAACCUUCCUAAUGGGAUGAAGGAGGAGAGGUUCAGGUCCAUGUUCGCUGCCUUUGGCAAUUUGACAGACUGCUCCCUGAAGUUCACCAAAGACGGCAAGUUCCGCAAGUUCGGUUUUGUUGGGUUUAAAACCGAGGAAGAUGCGGGUAGGGCGCUGAAACAUUUCAACAAGAGCUUCGUGGAUACAUCUAGAGUGACGGUGGAAAUGUGUAAAGCAUUUGGAGACCCCACUAAAGGGAAAGCCUGGAGCAAACACACUCAGAGCUCAGUGCAGGACAAAACCUCCACUACAGCUGCCAACGACAACAAAAAGAAAGAGAAACAGAAAAAGAUAACCAUCAGUGAACCAGAAAAUCUUGAAGAAGAACAGGGCUUUAAGGAGUUCCUGUCAGUGCACCAGAACCGCAGCCAAGCACCAACAUGGGCAAAUGACACGGCUCAGGAAACAACUGAUGUUAAGAACAAAAAACCCAAGAGCAAGAAGAAGCCUGCUGCUGAUGAUUAUCUCAACUUUGAUUCAGACCAGUCUGAGGACGAUGAGGAUGAAGAUGAAGCUCCCACUAAAGAGGCUCUGAAGUCUGGCUUAUCAGAUAUGGACUACCUGCGCUCAAAGGUAGCACAAGUCGAGGACACUGUGGAGGAGAAUGAUGAGCAGGAUGAUGAUGAUGAUGAGGGAGACGAUGGUGGUCCUAUUCAACACCCAGACAGUGCCUAUGAGAGCGGUGACAGAGAAAAAGGCUCAAAGAGUAAAUCCUCUUCUGAGGAUAAAAAGCAAAAUAAACUGAAGAAAACCCCCAGACAGAUGGAGCCGACGACAGAGUUCACAGUGAAGCUCAGAGGAGUCCCAUUCAAUGUUAAAGAGCAACAAAUCCGAGAAUUCAUGACCCCGCUGAAGCCCGCAGCUAUCAGAAUUGUAAAGAAUGAAAGUGGAAGUAGGACAGGCUAUGUAUUUGUGGAUUUGCGCUCUGAGGAAGAAGUGGAAAAGGCCUUAAAGAAGAAUAAAGAUUACAUAGGGGGGCGAUACAUUGAGGUCUUCCGAAUGGAUUCUUUUGGGGGAAAUGACAAGAGGGAGGGAAAGGACAAAGAAACUGACAGAAACUUCCAUAGGAAGCUUAAAGAGGAUGAAGAGGAGGAGGAUGUUUCAGAGUCCGGCCGACUCUUUGUCAGAAACCUACCUUACACCUGCACAGAGGAAGAGAUCAAAGAGCUGUUUGAUAAGCAUGGUCCUUUAUCUGAGGUGCUUUUCCCUAUUGACAGUCUAACAAAGAAACCUAAGGGAUUUGCUUUUGUUACAUACAUGAUACCAGAGAGUGCUGUAGUAGCUCUAGCUCAGCUAGAUGGACAUAUAUUUCAGGGUAGAAUGCUUCACCUCCUUCCCUCCACAGUGAAGAAGGAAAAGUCUGACUCCUCAGAUGCAGGUGGCCCUGGCUCCUCAUCGUACAAACGACAGAAAGAUGCUAAAAAUAAAGCUUCAAGUUCCAGCUCACACAACUGGAACACUUUGUUUUUGGGAACAAGUGCAGUGGCUGACGCCAUUGCUGAAAAAUACAACACCACUAAAAGCCAAGUCCUAGACCAUGAGUCAAAGGGAAGUGUAGCAGUAAGGAUGGCUCUGGGAGAGACUCAAAUUGUUCAGGAAACUCGACAGUUUCUUCUGGACAACGGUGUCUGUCUGGAUUCCUUUAGUCAGGCAGCUUCAGCAAGGAGCACAACUGUGAUCCUGGUAAAAAAUCUUCCAGCUGGAGUGACAGCAUCAGAGCUGGAAGGACUCUUCUCACCUCAUGGCUCUUUGGGUCGAGUGCUGCUGCCGCCUUCAGGACUCACCGCCAUUAUCGAGUUCCUGGAGUCAACUGAAGCCAAACGCGCCUUCACAAGGCUGGCUUACAGCAAGUUCCAUCAUGUCCCACUAUAUUUGGAGUGGGCACCUGUUGGAGUGUUUGUAGCAGCCAAACCAGAACCAGUACUUAAUAAAGAGGAAGCAGUGAAAGAGGACAAGAGGGCUGAUGAAGAGGAAGAUGAAGAGGAGGAGGAGGAGGAAGCUAUUCCAGGUUCUACACUUUUCAUUAAGAAUCUUAAUUUCAGCACAACUGAAGAGAAACUACAGGAGAUAUUCUCCAAAUGUGGCAAGGUCAAAUCUUACAGCAUCUCCAAGAAAAAAGAUAAAUCAGGUAAACUUUUGUCUAUGGGUUAUGGUUUUAUCCAAUACCAAACAGCAGAGGCAGCACAGAAGGCCCUGAGGCAACUACAGCACUGUAAUGUGGAUGACCACCAGUUAGAGCUGAAGAUUUCUGAGAGAGCCACAAGAGAUACCGAGGUAUCGCGCAAGAAGAAGCAAGUGGAGAAGAAGCAGAGAGGCUCCAAGAUCCUUGUACGCAAUAUUCCCUUCCAAGCCACUGUCCGGGAAAUUCGAGAGCUUUUCUGUACAUUUGGAGAGCUGAAGACUGUUCGUCUUCCAAAGAAAGCAGCUGGUUCAGGAAACCAUAGAGGCUUUGGCUUUGUUGAUUUCCUUACCAAACAGGAUGCUAAGAAAGCCUUUUCUGCACUCUGCCACAGCACCCAUCUGUACGGGAGACGUCUUGUACUGGAGUGGGCAGAUGCUGAGGAAACAGUUGAGACACUGAGAAGGAAAACAGCUGAACAUUUUCAUGUGGCUGCCAAAAAGCAGAGAAAAGCAAAGGUUUUGGAAGGAAUUCUGGAGACGAUGGAAACGGAAGAUGGUGUUGAAGACUGAAGACUAUAAAUGCCUCUUUGCUUUGACAGAGACUGAACAUAUUAUUGAUCUGUGACAGUUUUUUUUUCUGUGGGAAGGACUGUGAACUAAAUAUACACCUGACUACUCUCUGUAGUAGCAGCAAGUUAAGAUAAGUUGUAUUUAGCUAAUGGACAUUUCAUUCUGAAUUUUCUUCCUUUCAUCUGUUUUGUAAUUAAAUAAUCCUUAAA